AUGACACUGCAUCUCUGUCCAUCGUAUACCAGGAAGAUCACCUCGACAACAUGCUUACGCGCGCAAGGAACGGAUGUGACCGAAAGCUUCAAUUCGAAUAGGAGGUCUUCUGGUGCCCAAAGUAUAUCUACUGGUGUUUGUCGUUGGACAGCUCGAGCUCUGUCGAAAAUCCCAGACUGUCGACUGAUCACUCCGACCAUUGAGUGCGACGCAAUGAAACCAUUCCUGCUCACCUUGUCGAACGAUGCCCAGCUCUCAGGUAUCUAUUCCGUGCCCGGAAAGACUCCUACCACUCCACGAUAUCGACCUUUGAUCGUCGCACUACAUGGAGGCACCUACAGUUCGCAGUACUUUGACGCCCAUCCGGAACACUCUGUCGGGACCAUAUCCGAAACCACUGGAGUUCCUUUCGUGGCCAUCGAUCGGCCGGGAUACAGGGAGAGUUCGAGCCUGCCCACGGUACCAAACGGGUCUACAUUUGCACAAGAAGAGGGAAAGUACUUGCAUGACUACAUUCUCCCCAAGAUAUGGGCGGAAUACGGCUUGUCAACCGGCGCAAGCUCGAUGGUAGUGAUGGGCCAUUCACUUGGCUGCUCUCCCUGUGUUGUUGCUGCAGCCUUGCAUUCCCAGGAGGCUGAUCCGCAAUAUCCAUGGGCAGGAGUCAUCCUCUCCGGCCGUGGUAUGGUGUCGGCGUUCCCCCAAUCAAAGGGCGAGGAACAACUGGCCCGAGGCAGACAGCUUGGAUAUGUCGAAUUCCCUCCCGGGGCCAAGGACUUUUUGAUGUUUGGCGACCCUGCGCUGGGGCUGGCGAGCGCAGAGAUACGGCGAAUUUCGGAGGAAAUAACGCAUCGAGCACCAUUCGGGGAGUUUGAAGACAGAAGACUUCAUUGGGACCAUUACUGGAAGGGAUAUGCAAAGCAGGUCAAGAUCCCCGUGGUGACGGCGAUCGGAGGGCGAGACUCGCUAUUCCAUGCGUCACAGCAAGACAUCGAGGAAUUUGCCCGAGCAUUCAGCAAUUCCCCGAAAGUCGAAGCUGUGCUGGUUGCCAACGCUCCUCACUGCUUAGAACUGAGUUAUUGGGGACCUGCUUGGCUGUUGAGAUGUUUUGGCUUUGCGAUUGAGUGUGCAACCAGUGCAGCUUUACAGCCUCAUGGGGGUGCAUUGGGACCGACAGAAAGCCAGUGA